AUGGAGACCCCCAGCACGGUCAGACAGGCCGUUCGUCCUCUGGACUACAUGGUGAUGAUCGACCUCAAAAACGCAUACUUCCAGAUCCCAAUCCAUCCAUUGUCCAGGAAGUAUCUUCUUCUUUUUGUAGCGGACAGUGUUCCAAUUCAAGGUCCUAUGUUUUGGUCUCUCUGCAGCUCCAAAAGUCUUCAAUCGGGUGUUCACACUAGUGUCGACACGGGCUCAUUGCCAGGGAAUUCGUCUAUUGCAUUACCUCGACAAUUGGAUAAUACUGGCGCCCUCGGUGGAGCUUCUUCGUCUCCACCGAGACAGGGCUGUGGCAUUUUGUCACGAUCUAGGGAUCAUGGUGAACUACAAGAAGUCCCCUCUGGGGCCUUCUCAAUGACUGGUGUAUCUGGUAUGAUCCUCGACACAGUUGCAGGGAAAGCCUUUAUGACACCGGAAAGACUGGAACUCUUCCGAGGUGUCACUCUGCACUUCCUUCAACAGUCCCAGCUGCCAGCACAUCAGUGGCAACAGUUGCUGGGACAUUGGCCUUGCUGGAACACCUCAUUCCAAACAGUUGGAUGCAGCUUCAAUCAAUUUUCAGUGGGGCCUGAAGAAUUGUUGGUUGCAAAGUCAGGAUUCUCUUCACGACCUAGUCCCAGUGGUGGAGAACAUGUGUGCUACGAUCUUGAGUGGUGGCUGGAAGACAUGAACCUGUUGAGGGGCUCCCCUCUCCAGUCUCGUUCACCCAAUCUGCUCCUGUUUACGUACACAUCCAAGGAAGGAUGGGGCGUGCACCUACUGCAACACCUGGCUUUGGGCCUAUGGUCCGACCAGGAAUGUCGAUAUCCAACGUGCUGGAAACUUCGAGCUGCCUUCCUGGCACUCCAUCACUUCAGCUCUCUUCUGACAGGUCACUCAUUGGUGCUGAUGACCGACAACACCACCGUAAUGGCAUACGUGAACCAUCAAGGCAGUACUGUGUCUCUGUAA